AUGAAAGGGGUGAAGGAAAUUUUCUCCUUUAUUGAACUUUGUCAGGUUAUUCUGCAUGAGCUUGGAGCUAAAAACCUGAUACCUCACAAAUCUUUAAAAAUCUACUUAUUCCACAAAUCUCAGUUGAUCUAUAAGGAAUAUUUAGGCGGAAAUAUGUUUCUUCUUAUUUCUCCGUGGAUGAUAAUUCUCCGUGGGUGA